AUGGGUGAUUCAUCGUCAACAUCGUCUUCUGCGCCUGCAUCGACUGUGCUAUCUUCUCUUCCCUCCCCAGAAAUUCAAACUUUGAGUCUAGGAGAUGUAACCGACGAGGAUCGGGCGAAGGCCGCUAAGAUCAAGACAGAGGCAAAUCAAGCGUUCGCAAGUCAUAAUUUCGUGGAGGCCGUUAGACUCUACACCCAAGCCAUAGAACUAAACCCGUUAGAUGCGACGUAUUGGUGCAAUCGCGCUGCAGCUCGGACAAAACUAGAAGAAUAUGGGUUCGCGCUCUUGGAUGCUUCAAAAGCCAUCGAAGUCGAUCCCAAGUAUGCCAAAGCCUUUUAUCGCCGCGCGACGUGCUAUCUACAGAUUGUGAAACCUCAACUAGCGGUGGCGGACUUCAAGAGAGUCGUCGCGCUAGAGCCUAGAAACACGGUCGUCCAGUCACAGCUCACAGCUACUCAAAAGCUCGUGCGCAGAAUAGAAUUUGAGAAGGCGAUUGAGGUAGAAGGGGAGAAAGAUCCAGUAGAAAGAUGUCACGAAAUCAUUGCGGAAGGCGGCUGUGAGGUCGAAAAAGCCUAUGCUGGUCCACAAUUGAGUACUGGGGCUGACGGGAAAUAUGUGAUGACGGAGGAGUUCAUCAAAGGAAUGAUCGAGUGGUUCAAGGCAGGCAAAAAUCUUCCAAGGCGAUACGCGUGGGAGGUUAUUCUUGGAGCAUACUCGCAUUUUGUGAAAGAGGAAAGUCUGGUCGACUUGGAGCUACAAGAAGGCGUAACAUGCGACGUCAUUGGAGAUGUUCACGGCCAAUUCUACGAUUUAUUGAAACUAUACUCGUUGACGGGUACUCCCACCGAGAAUCAUUGUCUUCUCAUGAAUGGCGAUCUUGUUGAUCGGGGAUCGUGGUCCGUUGAGGUUAUUCUUACUGCUUUUGCGUACAAAUGGUUAUACCCCACACGCAUGUUCAUCAAUAGAGGUAAUCACGAAGCAAAAGACAUGAACCGAACAUAUGGCUUUGAAGGCGAAGCAAAGCAUAAACACGGAGAACAAACAUAUAAAUUGUUCGCUCACGUUUUCACCACUUUACCAUUGGCAACACUUGUGAGCGCCACCAAAGCACCCACCAAAACAAGCACUACAACGAUACUAUCACCAAAAGGGCUCAAGAGAUACUUUGUCGUGCAUGGCGGGCUGUUCAGUAAAGAUGGUGUUACCCUAGAUGAAGUUCGCAAAAUUCCUCGAAUUGGACGGCAGCCAGGUCAAGACGGUUUAAUGUGUGCGCACUUAUUUCCAUUUCAGCUUCUCUGGACUGAUCCUCAAACACUUCCUGGUCGCGGCCCAAGCAAACGUGGUGUCGGCAUUGCUUUCGGUCCUGACAUCACGAAGAAGUGGUGUUCAUUGAAUGGCAUUACUUCUAUCAUUCGGAGCCACGAAGUUCGCCAGGAUGGGUACGCCGUAGAACAUGAUGGCCUCUGCACAACCGUCUUUUCAGCCCCAAAUUAUGUGGAUCAAGUGGGUAAUAAGGGAGCGUUUAUACGAAUAGAUGCAGAAGGAGACCAAAAGUACUUCCAAUUCGAAGCGACACCUCAUCCGCCAAUGAAGCCGAUGGCAUAUGCGCAAGGAGGUCUGGCGAGCUUGAUGAUGUAGAUUUUCAUGGCGAAUCUUACAGGGAUUUAUGGACAUGGACUAGAACGAUGUAAUGGAUGCGGGCGCGUGGGAAUCUUACUUGUAGUUACCAGUCGCCUUUUUGGAGCUUCAAACUAGUAGUGCUUAACAUACUCUUUCACUUGACUUUGAGAUUUCUGAAGUGCAAUGGACAAGACGAAAUCAAGAUUGGCUGCCUUCUUCGAUGACGACGAAGAGUCUUCGUUCCCAGUGCGACGAAUAGACAUUAUUUAUGUCCUUGAAACACUUACCAAUCGCUUCGUACAUUAGCAAAAGACUCUCGAUGACACGAAGUUGUCGCAGUACGCGCAAGGC